AGGAAAGUGAAAGGACAGGGGACAAUGGAACGUUGACAUGGGAUGUUGACGCGGGGAUGGAACGUUGGACUGGUACUCUCGAACGGACGAGAGAGAGAGAGAGAGAGAGAGAUAGAGAGACUGCCGAUUUCUCGGAAAAGAAUGUAGUGAGAAGAAGGAACGCUGCACUGGCCCUUCCUGAUUGGCCAGCUCGCCUCCUCCUCUCUUUCCAUUGGUUCAGAGACAGCCCCCCCCUCGGGAGGGAGGAAACUCCGUAUCCUUCAGCCUCUAAUAGAAAUAGAUAUACACAUAUACCCCUAUAUUGGCAGGGCGAGCUUCUGUUUCAUCUUUCAUGACCUGGUAUCUAGCGUAGAUAAAGAUCAGCAACCGGUACAGAUGUGGAGGAUGUGUGAUCGAAACGGUGGAAGACGGCUCAGGCAAUGGCUGAUUGAACAAAUUGAUAGCGGGAUGUAUUCUGGCCUGAUCUGGGAGAAUGAUGAGAAAACCAUGUUCCGUAUCCCAUGGAAACACGCAGGGAAGCAGGAUUACAACCAGGAGGUGGAUGCAUCCAUAUUCAAGGCUUGGGCAGUCUUCAAAGGGAAAUUCAAGGAAGGUGAUAAAGCUGAACCAGCCACAUGGAAGACAAGGUUACGCUGUGCCUUGAAUAAGAGCCCCGACUUUGAGGAAGUGACGGACAGGUCACAACUGGACAUCUCAGAGCCAUAUAAGGUCUACCGCAUUGUUCCAGAGGAAGAACAGAAAUGCAAAAUGGGGAUGGGGAAUGGGUGCAGCUUGAGUGAAGUAAAGGAAAUGGAGUGCAGUGCUUCUGCAAUAGAUGACUUGAUGAAAGAGCCCCCCUCUGCAGUGGAUGAAUACCUUGGCACAAUUAAACGAAGCCCUUCACCGCUUCAGGAGAAUGGAAGAAACCCACCAAUACCUGACUGGUGGACUCAGCAGUCAAGUCCUGCUUUGCCGCUGAUGAGUGGGUUCACUGGCUACGAAGCAGUUCAUUCAGGCUAUUCCCAGAUGGUGAUCAACUUCUACUAUGGCGGGAAGCUGGUGGGAAACACAACAACCUCUCGCCCCGAAGGUUGCCGGAUCUCCCUUGGAGAGCUGCCUUAUGCCCUGGAAAGCUUUGAUAACGUGCGGUUUCCGUCGGCGGACGUGAUCCCAAAUGAACGGCAGAGACAGAUCACCAAAAAGCUCUUUGGACACCUGGAGAGAGGUGUCCUUCUGCAGUCCAACAAGCAGGGCAUUUUCAUCAAAAGGCUGAGCCAGGGCCGGGUCUUCUGGAGCGGGAACACCAUGAUCUACAAGGACCGCCCCAACAAGCUUGACCGAGACGAGGUGGUCAAGAUAUUUGACACCAACCACUUUUUCAGAGAACUUCAGCAGUAUUACAACAAUCAAGGCCGCUUCCCAAACAGCAAAGUUCUUCUAUGUUUUGGGGAGGAGUUUCCAGAUGCUACCCCUUUACGCUACAAGCUGAUCCUUGUUGAGAUUGAGCAGCUGACUAUUCGUCAGUUGGUGGAGGAAGCUGGGAAGAACGACAGCAACUCUUUGAUCCACCCGAUAGGCGAGGAGCUGCAUUAUGACCAGAUAUAUAGGAAUUUCCAGGAUUCUUGUGGACCACACCAAAGACCCAUUUUCCGAGAAAACCAGCAAAUCACUGUUUGAGAGAAUACUGGGCAAAACAUUUGUUUUUUAAGGAUUCAGUUUAGAUCUAUUUUUGUAUCACCACCAUCCUUUUAAUUUUUCCUUUUGGGAACAUUGUUCUGGGUUUUUGAAUGUAGGUGUGUGUGUGUGUGUGUGUGUGUGUGUGUGUGUGUGUGUGAGAGAGAGAGAGAGAGAGAGAGAGAGAGAGAGAGAGAGAGAGAGAGAGAGAGAUUGUUUGUGAUGUUUCCCCAUAAGGAAUUUGACAUAAAAAAGGAAACAAUUAAACAUUCCUUUGGGCUUCUCAGCACUAUAAAAUACAUCUAAAGUAGCUUUAAAAUCAGUACUGGGGUAUUGCUGGAUGGCUUGGUUUUUGAAAGGAAAAAAGUGGGGUUGUGAUUCAGCAGCUUUGAUCCCAAAAAGACACGCACCAUGUUGAUUCAUUGGUCUCAGAACAGAGAGGGACAUCUGUAGGGCUGUUUUGCUGUCUGGGUAAUGUGUUUCCUGAAGAGGAGGGGUGACGCAAGCUCCAACCACUGUAUCCCCCCCCUUUUGGUAUAAAUGUCUGCAUUUAGGGGAAUAUGGAAGUAUCCCCAAGGAACAUAUCUCCUUGAGUUGUUCAGUACUGGUCAUCUAGAUGGAGCUGCUGUCUGUGUGUUCAGUGUACCUGAAAUGUAAACAAUAUAGAUAGAUAGAUGAUAGAGAUGAUAGAUAGAUAGAUAGAUAGAUAGAUAGAUAGAUAGAUAGAUAGAUUAUUGACACACACACACACACACACACACACACACACACACACACACACACUGCAAGGCCCAGUGAAUGAGACGCUUCAACUGAAGAGAUGGGCUUAUAUGAGCUUUGCAAAAAGGGACUCAAAGGGGCUGGUUCACAUGUGUGUGUCAAGUCGUCUGAUUUCUGUGCACUCAAUCACUGGCAGCUAAGCAUGUGAGCAGAGUCCACUGAAAAGUCUAAGGGUGAUGUGAAAACGUUAUUGGUGGUGAUCUCCAUUAGCUUGUUCCCAUGCACUGGGGGAGGAAGGGGGUGCGGUGGCUGCGGUCCGCCCCGGGUGUCAUCCCUGGGGCGGGGGUGACAUCGCUGUGCCACCCCCGCCCCUGGGACACUUGCUGCUUCCUGUGGGUGCCGCCGCCUUGGGACGCUCACCCCCCCUGGGUGGCUAGCCCUGUCCCCGUGUGCACAGCUAUCUCCACCUCUGUUCCCAUGUGCAAGUAAUUCCUUGAUGUUGCAGUCAUCAAGUGAUGAAUAUGCAUGUGUGAACCUAGGUCUGCUCCCCUGCUCCCAAGACACCCAUCUUUAGCUGUCUUGUGGCUGCUUUGCUCUCUUUAUAUUUUCAAUAUAUCCUGGUGAGAAUUCUGUGACGACUUUGUUGACCAAGUGGCUUCUUACUUAUGCUAUUAAGAAACCACACCCAGCUUUACAUUUUUGCAUCUGUGUAAUAUAUUCCUGCAAAGUUUUAUUUUAGCUCAUAUUGCAUUGUUGUUGUUGUUUUGCGGUGGAGGGGAAGGGUAGAUUAAAAUGCUCAGUCAUUUAAGAAUUAAACAGAAUGCUGAACAUAUGAAAUUUGUCUUAUAUGGAGUCAGACCAUUGGUCCAUCUAGCUCAGUAUUGUCUACACUGACUGGCAGCAGAUCUCCUGACAGAAGGUCUUCUUCCAGCCCUGCCUGGAGAUGAUGGGGGAUUGAAUCUGGAACCUUUUGCAUACAAAGCAGAUGCUCUAAAACUGAGCUGUGGUUCUUCCUGAUUUUGUUUUAUUCUUAAAUAGUAACAUGUACCCCACCCCCUUAAGCUAUGUUAACUAUGAAGGGUUUCUCAGUAAACAAAAUACCCCAAGAGCGAAAUGUGAACAGCUCUACUUGGUGAGACCAGUACCCUAGCUCAAAAGGGCAAGUGAUGGAUGCUUCAGAGCAGAGUUGGGGAAGUUUAUUCAGUCUGAGGACCACAUUCCCUCCUGGGGGGUCACAUGACAGCAGUAGCUGAGGUAAUGAAUGCACCCAUUCCUCCAGCCAAGCAAGUAGGAGAGAGGCAUUGCUACCAUUCAAGGACAAAUUCCAGCAAGGCUUAACAGCUGGAAGGGGAAGUGGUAUGGAGAGGGGUGUGUGGCCUAGAGAGAGUCCCAAGGGCAAGACAGAGAGGUCCAGAGGGUUCCUGGGCCUGAGGUUCUCCACCUUUAAGAAGAAGAGCAGCAAUGUGUUCUUGGCUCUUUUCCAUCCAGGCAAACUUUUGGAGGAUGCUGCUGUAUAUAGCUAUGUUAAUAGGAAAAGCAUAGAUGAGUGGGUCCAUAGGGAGGGUGGUGAUGGUGGGGAUCCAGUAGGAUAUGCAUCAAUGAGGACCAACCAAAGGGUCCCAGAAUAAGAAGCUAUGUAAAUAUCUGUUUAUAGAGCUACAUCAGCCUAGGCUCUUAAGGAGCUAUAAGCACACAUGUGCUUCAGAGAUCCCUUGUGAUUGCGAGCGCACAGCUGAGCUCUCCCAUCCACUUCAGUGGAGGGAGCAGUUUCGUGUGUGCCAAGAGGUGAAUGGGUGAGCACUGCAACUCAUCUGUGCACAACUCAUUUGUGAAUUGGGCAAUCUCUGUGUUUAUGCCAUGGUUGCAGCAGGAGGAAGGGGGUAAAUCUCUGUGUUACUUCUUGGCACAAUAGGGGUGUGACACAAUCACUGGGAGGGGAAGAGGAGCAGGAGUUACGGUAGUUAAUUGCUACUUUUCUAGAGAGUUGCAUGCCUCGCUCUGAGCAAGCCCCUGAGAGAGCUGACCUUGGAGAGAUGCACAAGAAACUCUCCCCGGGAGGUGGUAGUUGUGAUCUCCCCCACCCCCGCCACUGCAUUGUAAAUGGGGAAGAGGAAUGUGCAGAAAUCCCAGGGGGGAACACUUUAGAGUACUGCGAAAACUACAAUGGUUAAAAUCCAAAGAUCAUUGAGGGACAACAGUCAUGUGUGCUAAAGCAUGUGUUCAGUGUAUGUACAGGUUAGGAGUGUGUACAAGCUAUCAUUAAUACAGACCCUGCCUGUGUGUGUGUGUGUGUGUGUGUGUGUGUGUGUGUGAGAGAGAGAGAGAGAGAGAGAGAGAGAGAGAGAGAGAGAGAGAGAGAGAGAGAGAGAGCAGUCAUGCAGAUGUUUGAAAAGGGGCAUUACGCGCAUUUUGCUGUCAGCUUAAAACCAAAGUGAUUGAUUUGAUCCCGUGCUACCACAUGCUUGAUGGAGCACUCACAUGGAGCUCCUACCUUAUGCAAAGUCUUGUCCACUGAGGACAGAAGUGAGCAGGGAAACUUGCGCUCAAAAGUGUGUGACUAUGCACCCCCAAGAACAGACACAGUGCUUUGGAUCAGUCUGAAUGUCUCCAUCUAUAGUAGGCAAAGUAUUUAUUGUAAUUGCUUGUUUUAAAAUGUUUUGUGAUUGUGUACCAAAGGCACCCACCAAUAAAUAUCUAUCUUUCGUAACCUCUUGUCUCUGCUUUCAAAUGGGUAAAUAAAUUUACUCUCACCUCAUGAUGCUUGCAUU